GUCCUGUAGCCUCAACUUGUCCGAAUGCUGUCCACACAUACCAAAAGCAACUGAACCACCCGCGCCAGGACGGAAAGCGUCCCCAACCGAGCGCGACUAGGGGCGCUAUGCCUCUGGCGGAGCUAUGGCGCUUGACCAAGCUUGUCCCAUUAGCCUGCACGGUGCUGCUGCUCUCGGUCCGGGCCCUGGCUGUCGACUCUGGGGGGCUAAACGACUCAGCCGACAAUAGCAGCCGCUCCUUGUUGCAAGAGAGCGGGCAAGCAAGUGGAACAAGUCAACCUUACACCUAUUCUUCAUCGGACUUCGUGUUGUUGAAUGGGUUCCUUAUUUUCUUUAUGCAAAUUGGCUUCGUGUCAGCGGAGAGCGGGCAAGGGAGGGCGAAAAAUGUGCGGAACAUCCUCCUCAAGAACUCGGUCAACAUCAUGCUGUGCGCCAUCUGCUGGUGGGCGGUUGGCUACGCCUUCGCCUACGGCAACAGCGGCGGCGGCUUUAUAGGCACGUCGCGGUUUUUCAGCGACGGGGAAAGCUUCGGCAGUAAGCCCUGGUUCUUCACGUGGACCUUCUGCUUAUCCUGCGUGACCAUAGCAUCUGGCUGCCUGGCGGAGCGGACGCACCUUUUCGUGUACCCCGUGUACACGGCGGUGGUCAGCAUCGCGGUGCACCCCGUUAUCGCCCACUGGGUGUGGGCGCCGGAUUCGUGGCUCAACUCCAUGACGGGGUCGCCCUGCCGCUUCCUGGACUUCGCGGGCGGGGCGGUGGUGCACACAGUCGGCGGGCUCACCGGCCUGAUUGGCGCCAUGUUGUGCGGCCCGCGCCUGGGCCGCUUUGAGGAUGGAGUGGGCAAGGACAUCCCCGGCCAUGACGUGUCGUCCGUCAGCCUGGGGUCGCUCAUGCUGUGGUUUGGCUGGUAUGGCUUCAACUGCGGCUCCACCUACAUCUACAUGGCACAGGGCGGCUCCGAGGCCAGCGCGGCAGUCAGCCGCGUGGCGCUCAACAUGACGCUGUGCGCCUCCGUGGCGGGCAUGACGUCACUGGUGGUGUCCAGCAUACAGACAGGUACAUUUGACCUGGCGGUGUGCUGCAACGGCCUGAUGGCGGGCCUGUCCGCCUCCACCUCCAACGUGGGCUUCCUCACGCCUUGGGCCGCCUGCAUCACCGGCGCCCUGGCGGGGCUGCUGUAUGUGGGCAUCUCCCGACUGCUGGUGCGCAUGGGGGUGGACGACCCGUUAGACAGCAGUGCGAUCCACUGCGGCAGCGGCAUACUGGGGGUGCUGGUCAGCGGCUUUCUGGCGCGGCCCAGCUACGUGAUGCAGAUGGUGGGCUGCAACUGCGGCGGCGUCGUGUACGCCACCAACGGCGGCAUGCAGCUGGGCAUGCAGCUGCUAGGCCUGAGCUGCUCCAUGGUGUGGACAGCCAUGUGGGCGCUCCUUACGUUUGGCAUCCUCAAGAAGCUGCAGCUGCUGCGUGUGGAUCAGCAGACAGAGCUUGCGGGCAUUGAUAACAUGGAGCACGGCGGGCCGGCCUAUCCCGAGUUCCUGCAGCGAGUGCAAAGCACCCGGCCUGGGUACUAACAUCCAGCCUGGAGGGCCCGGUGCGGGGCUUGCUACCAGGGCCUGCAUGGCUGGCCGUUACUUUAAGCAGGCGCGCGCAGGAGCAGCAGCGGCGUCGGGCGUUGGAGCCCAUGGCGCCGUGCGGGGGUAGCAGACCGGCUGUGCGUGCUGCAGGUUCCCGGAGCAGCGUACCACAGGGUGCAGUUGAUGCCGCGGGGGGAGGGGUAGACGGGGCCUGGAAUCCUAAGCUCAUGAGCAGCAGCAGACGGCCCGGGGCUGGGAGGCACGGGAAUUGUGUGUGUGUGUGUGUAUGUGUGUGUGUGUGUGUGUGCGCUGUGUGCGCUGUGUCAUGUUGGGUGCAUGCCGCUGCGUGCGCCGUACGGCUGGCGGCGACACGCGGCUGCAGUGGCCGGGGCAGCGUCUGCUGCACAGGCCGCUCACAAGUGUAGUAGACCAGCAGGUGUUUUGUGUCACACGGCGCUGCUGGUUGAUGCCUGAAGCAUAUAACAAUGAGGUAUUAGGAGUUGGUACUGGGUAGAGCAGUGGCUGUUGCGACGGUUAGAGCGACACGUAUGCGCAUACGUCCUGGGGUGGUCCGGCUGGAUAAUAGAGUGGAAGCAGUGCGUGCUGUCCGCGCCUGCGUUGCGUAUGUGGGUGCAUGUACCCGGACACGCAGUACCUAACUGAUGUGGUAGGUGGGGGCGCACGUCUGGCGUAUUACCACCACUGCUGACGGGUCGUAUGUUUACGGCAGGCGUGCAGGUCGUGCAGGUCGUAUGUUUCACAGCAGGCGUGCAUUGGCCAUGACAGGCUUUCGCUUCUACUACAUGCGCUUUGUACUGGGCAUUUCUGGGCCUGCAAUGCGCGGCUGGCACAAUGUCUUCCAAAGCUGUAAGCUGGUGGGAUCGUGUGGGGACCCGGAGCGGUUCCCGUGGCGUCGAGGCGGGCGGCCAGAGCUGGCCCCAGACAAGCAGAUGGAAUGGGCUAGCCAGUGUGCUUAGUGUAUGCCGUUACUUGGGCUCUUAUAUAGCGUGCUAGACUGGCUAUUCUUUCAUGCUGACAGCCAUGCUACGUGGCAGGAACGGUGUGAUCAACAUGUGUACACACAACUUGCAGCUCAACUGUCGCGUUGCGCUGCAUGGACUGGUACGUACGCACGCUUUCUUGGAAUGGAUGAAGUUAAAGUGGCGAUGGGGUAGCAGGAGUGUGCAACGAGACUGCGAGGAGCUGGGCGCGUGUGCUUAAGGGCGUGUUGCACGUGAGGUGAGGCCGGGCGAGCGUGGUCACCAGGGGGCGGGUGCGCACGACACUUGGGAAGGGAGUUGGGGACUUUUCACACGACAUCGUGGACAUAAGUAGUGGGUCAGUGCGUAGGGAGUGUAGUGUGCGUGUGUGUGUGUACCGGUGAUGCAUGUCGAGACUAGGGAAGUGGCUGGUUGCGGAAAUCCUUCGUAACGCCUUGCCAAGUACUGAGUGAUGGCAGCAUGGAUAGCAUUGGGCCAUACAGGAAACUGGUCAUCUGUGGGGCCAACUUGCGGAGUGCGUCCGUUUACAUCGAUCUGGGUGGUCGCAUACGGUGUGCUAUACGCGAUCCCAUUGCACUGUUCGUGUAUGAGGACAUUGCGGGCGUUUGCGGAAGUCAUUAGUGGCAACUAUGGCGCUCAACCGGAGCUGGCAGCCGUCGCACGCAAGGUCCUUUACACUCGGAGCAUCUUACUGGUGUGUUGUUUAUGGGGUCAACCGACGCGACACUCGACAGCAUGUGCGCUGCGAGGGUAGUGAGCUUCGGGGCUCCAAGAUAAGGAGUAUGCUUGCAGGAGGCGCUGCUGCGCCAGCUUUAACACAACAUGUGUCAU